AUGAAAGGAGGUGACGUAACGUACUUUGCAAUCAACCGGUCAUUUGUGUAUAAAAUAGUCAUAAAUAACGUACAGAACGAGUGUGUGAUUGAAUUUUGUGUCUCUCCAUUGAUCACUGAAAUGGCGGAUCAAUUCUUCGACAACGAGGCGGAAGUGUCGGAAGGAAGCGAAGACGAAGAGGUGAGGAAUGAUAUCAAAACCAAAAAGAGGGCCAAAUUUGAAGACUCGGAGGAAGAGGAAGAAGACGAUGAGGACCGGCUUCGCAAUGAGAUGAAGGAUCUGAUCAACGAUGAAGAGGAAGAGCCCGAAGAGUCUGACGAAGAGGUGACGGGACGGAAGCGGACGCGAGAGGAUCUCGAGGAAGACCUGGAGGACGACGACUACGAUCUGAUCGAAGAGAAUUUGGGCCGACGUAUAGAGAGGAAGAAGAAGUUCCGUCGCGUCCAACGUCUUGAGGACGACGACGAGGACGAGGAGAGGACUGUUGCCCAAGAAGUGAACGAUAGAGAGGCGAUCGCUAACGAGUUGUUUGACGCGAACGACGAGGAGGCGGACCGACCGGCGCAGGCCGUGCGGCGCGACCGCAGCGAUCGCGAGGCUAUCGACGAUCGCUUCGCUGAGAUGUCCGGUUCGGAGCAUUCGGACGACUCGGACGAAGACAACUUCAUUGUGGACGACGACGACCGGCCGAUACAACCGCGCGUUCGCUCCGCUCGCAAGAGCCACAGGUUUACCGAUGAGGCGCUACAACAGGCGCAGGACAUCUUCGGUGUGGACUUUGACUUCGAUGAAGUGCAACAAUACGAAGAGACCGGAGAGUACGACGAAGAGGGCGACGAAGAGAUGGAUGAGUACGAAGAGGGCGACGGAGAGGCCACACAGCGCUCGGAGCGCACUAAGAAAGCGGGCCGUAAGCGCCGGUCGGCCCGUAAGAGCAUAUUCGAGAUCUACGAGCCGUCAGAGCUCGAGAGGAGUCACUUAACAAAAGGAGAUAACGAUAUCCGUAACGCGGAUAUACCGGAACGCUUCCAACUGCGGUCAGUGCCCGUCACGCCGUGCGAAGAGCCCGAACUCAUAGACGAGGCCGACUGGAUCUAUAACGGGGUGUUCUCCGCCCCCACCAUCUCUAUUCAGGACGAGUCCGGAGAGGGAAAGAAUGAUCCGAUCGGUGGCUUUAAGCAGAAGACCGCUGUCAGUAAGAUUCGCGAGGCGUUGCGAUUCAUGCGAAACGAGUUACUGGAAGUGCCGUUCAUUACGCACUAUCGCAAAGAGUACGUCGAGCCCGAGCUUACGGUCACCGACUUGUGGCUCAUCUAUAAGUACGACGAGAAGUGGUGUCAACUCCAGACACGCAAAGCCAAUCUGAACCAACUGUUCCGCAAUAUGCAGGUCUAUCAGACCGAACAGAUCAUGAGAGACACCGACGCCGCUCUGCCCGAAGGCAUUCGGCUUAUCAAUGACGAAGACAUACAUCGCGUCAAUUCGGUGACAAAUUUUGAAGAGUUGCGGGACUGUUGGGUACACUUCCAGCUGUACUACUCGGCAGACGUGCCAAACAUGAAGAGAGAGGCGUUGCGAAAGGAAAGACAACAGCGUCUGAAUGAGAUGAGCGCCGAAGAGGACGCCGACAAGAUUUUGGCCGAAGAGGAGGAACAGAUGAACACUAAGCUCUCGUCUAUGCGUUUGGCGCAACGGAAGGACACAUACACUAUCUGUAAAGAGGCCAACAUUAUAGGACUGGUGACCAAAUUCGGUCUGACGCCCGACCAGUUUGGCGAGAAUUUGCGCGACAACUAUCAGCGGCACGAAGUGGAACAAUACCCGGUGGAACCGCUCGAAGCGGCGCACGAUUACGUGUGCCAUCGGUUCCAAACGCCUGAGAAGGUGUUACAGGCGGCGAGUUUUAUGGUCGCCAAACAGAUCAGUUGCGACCCAAUUGUGCGGAAAUCGAUGCGCCAGACAUUCUUCGAGAGGGCACACCUUCACGCGCGGCCCACCAAAAAGGGCAUCAAAGAGAUCGAUGAGAACCAUCCCUGUUAUAUACAUAAGUAUUUGAUUAACAAACUCAUCAAGACGUUCGGUGGCGACCAAUUCCUACAACUCAUGGUCGCCAAGACUGAGGGACUCAUGGAGUUUGAGAUCACGAUCGAUAAGUUGGAUCUGACCACUGGUGCCAAUCCUGGUUCGCAACCGGUGGCUAAAAACAAAUACUUUGAUGAAAUCAGACAACUCUACCAUAGAGAUGAGUUUAGUAUUAACGUCCAGGAGUGGAACGCACAGCGAUCCGGAGCUCUGGAGAUAGCGCUCAACAAAUUCCUAUACCCGGCCUUCGAGAAGGAGCUCAAGAUUAAACUGAUGACUGAAGCGCAGGACACUAUUGUAAACCAAUGCGUACAGCGAUUGUCGUCAUGGCUUCGAGUGGCCCCGUAUAGCAUACCUCCAGAUGUGGUACAACUCGACGACGACGAAGACUUUGACACUCGAGAAGGCAUACGAGUGAUGGGUCUGGCGUUUGUGCCGAACAACGAGGACGCGUCGUUCGCCGCCAUUAUUGACGGCGACGGAGAGGUCACCGAUUAUCUCAAAUUGGAGUACUUUAUGCUUCGGAAGAGCGACUGGAUGUCCGAUCAGGAGAGACGCUUACGGGACGCAGACGUGGAGAAACUCAAGAAAUUUAUAUUAAACAAAAAGCCACACGUGAUAGGCAUCGGAUGCGACACAAUGACCACCCGAUACGUGAUGGACGACGUGAAGGCCGUUGUGACGAAUCUGAACGAAACGGAACAGUUUCCGCUCAUUUCGGUUGAAUACGUGGACAAUGAGGUGUCCACUGUCUAUAUGAACAGUAAGAAAGCAUUGAUCGACUUUCACAACUAUCCGCCGCACUUGCGUCGGGCCAUCUCAUUGGCGCGUCGAUUACAGGACCCGUUGAUUGAGUUCUCGCAGCUCUGCACCGCAGACGAGGAGAUACUAUGUAUUAAAUACCAUACACUGCAGGAACACAUGCCGAAGGACGAGCUUCUCAACAGUCUAUACCUGGAGUUUGUGAAUCGCGUGAAUGAAGUGGGCGUUGAUAUCAACCGCUCGAUAACUCACCCGCACACGAGUCAAUUGGUGCAAUUCAUCGGUGGUUUGGGGCCGCGAAAGGGCGCGUAUCUGAUCCGUACGCUGAAGAAGCAACAAACACCGAUGUUGGAGAACAGGACCCAAUUGGUCCAGAAUUGCAAUAUCGGCAAAAUUGUGUUCAUUAAUUGCGCCGGUUUUAUACGCAUAGACACCGCUUCGUUGGCCGACUCGGGAACCGAUACGUACAUCGAAGUGCUGGACAGUACACGCGUUCAUCCGGAGGCGUACGAGUGGGCGCGCAAAAUGGCUGUCGACGCCCUCGAGUACGACGAAGACAACGACACGAAUCCGGCGCAAGCCUUGGAAGAGAUCAUUGAAAAUCCCGAAAAACUCAAAGACUUAGAUCUGGACGCCUUCGCCGAUGAGCUGACUCGACAGGGAAUGGGUCUCAAGUCGAUCACUCUCUACGACAUUAGGGCUGAACUGAGCGCCCGAUACAAAGACCAGAGGACACCCUUUCGAACCGCGAAUCCCGAAGAGAUCUUCCAGAUGUUGACCGGAGAGACACACGACUCGUUCUAUAUCGGAAAGUUAGUGUUGGGAAAAGUGGUUCGAGUGGCCCGACGCAAGCCAUUGUCGGAACAGCUCGACAACGCUAACCCCGUGCGUAACGACGAGACGGGUCUCUGGAAGUGUCCGUUUUGUAACAAAAGCGAUUUCCCGGAGUUGAGCGAAGUGUGGAACCACUUCGACGCCGGCAGUUGUCCGGGUCAGGCCAUCGGCAUUCAUGUGCGACUCGACAACGGCCUCACGGGUCUCAUUCAAACCCGUCUUAUCAGCGAUCGGGAGGUGAUCGACCCGCUCGAGAGGGUUCAGAUCAACCAAAAAGUUGUCCGGGCCAUCGGCAUUCAUGUGCGCCUCGACAACGGCCUCACGGGUCUCAUUCAAACCCGUCUUAUCAGCGACCGGGAGGUGAUCGACCCGCUCGAGAGGGUUCAGAUCAACCAAACCAUUCACUGCCGUAUUCUAAAGAUUACGGUCGAAAAGUUUUUGGUUGACCUGACGUGCCGUACGUCAGACUUGGCCGACAGUAACUUCCAAUUCAGACCCCAAAGGGAUACCGACUUCUACUACGAGGCGGAGGACAAAGACAAUCAACACGAGGAGAACCUGAAGAAGCGUCAGAGUCGGCAGCCGUACGUGAAGCGCAUUAUAGUUCAUCCGGCCUUUCAUAACAUCGACUACAAACAGGCCGAGAAGAUGCUGACCAACUCUGACCAGGGUGAAACCAUCAUCAGGCCCUCCAGCAAAGCCAACGACCACUUGACGCUCACGUGGAAAGUCUAUAACGGCGUUCACCAACACAUAGACAUCCGCGAAGAGGGCAAAGACAACGCAUUCAGUUUGGGUCACGAGCUCUUCAUCGGCAACGAGUCCUACGAAGAUUUGGACGAAAUUAUCGCUCGUUAUGUCCAACCGAUGGCCUCAUAUGCCAGAGAUCUGACGUCUUAUAAGUACUUUAAGGAUUCCGAUGGAAAGAAAGAAGAGUUGGAUCGCAUGCUUAUGGAGGAGAAGAAGAAGGCGCCCUCAAGGAUACCAUAUUUCGAUUCCGAUGGAAAGAAAGAAGAGUUGGAUCGCAUGCUUAUGGAGGAGAAGAAGAAGGCGCCCUCAAGGAUACCAUAUUUCGUGACCGCUUCCAAAGAACUUCCGGGAAAAUUCCUGCUCUCAUAUCAACCAAAUAUGAAGUCAUUUCACGAAUACAUUAGUAUAACUCCCGAUGGCUAUCGUUAUCGGUCGCAGCCGUUCCGAUCUGUGGCCGCUCUAUUCAAGUGGUUUAAGAUACACUUCAACGACCGGUCGACGUUCCCGCGAACGCCGGUCGCCACGCCGUCACUGAGAACGCCCGCCGGCGGCUCGUCGUUCAUCAACUCGACGGGAACGCCAAACAUCGACCCGCAGGCCAUACAACGCGCGGCCGCCUCUAUGUCUAAUCACGUGUUUAACGCUCUGUCACAAGUGGCCGGUCAGACGCCAUCGUUCGGCGGCGCUGCGGCCGCGUUCGGCAGCUCUGGUCACUCGUCAUCGAUGGGUCCGCCUUUCGGUGGAAGCGGCGGUCACUCGCGCGGCGGUUAUUACGGCCAAAACAACGCGCAGACACCUGUCAUGACACCCAAUAACAUGUCUACGCCUCGCAAUUACCAGCAAAACACUCCGGGAUCUAUGGGUCCGCCGUCGCACAUACCGUCGUCCAACCCGAGACCGGGCUCUCGCUCUGGCAACCAAUGGGGGCAAAUGGCCUCCGACUGGGCCAAUGUUAAGCCCAAAAUUAAGCCGCGGACGCCCUCUUACAACACUCCCGGCGCCUCCUCUCAGAUGUCUAUUAGUCCGACACAGAAUACACCCAAUCGUGGAGGAGAUCAGACACCGCUUGAGGACGAGUGGAUGGCCAGCAGUCGACGACCCGAACACUCGGCUCCGCCCGAAAUCUUUUACAGCGAAACCGAAGCCAUUAAAUACACGACAAAUUCCCGAAUGAUUGCAAUUCAGGCGCAGAUGAGUGAACGAGCGAUUGAAUUGAUGGCACUUCCAGAAGACGAACCCAAACUUAUACUCGACUUAGGGUGCGGAUCAGGUCUUAGUGGGCAAGUGUUGGAAGAUAUGGGCCACACGUGGAUCGGUUUGGACAUCAGUCGAGCGAUGCUUAACGUGUGCCGAAGCCGUGAACCCGAAUCGGGAGAUAUAUUGUUGUCUGAUUUGGGAGAAGGGGUGCCCUUCAGAGCCGGUUCUUUCGACGGCGCCAUCAGUAUAUCGUGCAUCCAAUGGCUGUGCAAUGCGGACAAAACCAAUCACUCGCCGGUUCAACGUCUGUACCGUUUCUUCUCGAGCCUCUACUCGUGUCUGUCGCGCAACAGUCGCGCAGUCUUUCAGUUUUAUCCCGAAAACGGCUCUCAAGUGGAACUGAUCACCGCUCAGGCCAUGAGAGCCGGCUUUACCGGUGGUCUCGUCGUUGACUUCCCCAACAGUACGAAAGCCAAGAAAAUGUUUUUGGUUUUGUUUACCGGCGGUUCCGCUCAACAGCUGCCCAAAGGUCUGACCGAAGAAUCGGAUAAUACUGUUCCUUACAGUAGCCGUCGAGACGUGACCGACAGUCGCGGACGACCGACAAAAGCGCCCAAAAAGUCCCGCCAAUGGAUACUCGACAAGAAGGAGAGGCGACGACGACAGGGAAAGCACGUGAGGAAUGACACGAAAUACACGGGAAGGAAACGGAGCGCAAGAUUUUAAGCAAUCAUUGUUUUUGUGAUUUUCAUUAUGUAUUUAAGAGAUGACAACGAAAUUUAAUUUGUUAUUAAAAACUAUUUAAAAAUGACA